ACGAGUUCUUUUGCACGCGUUCCGAGCCACUAUCAGAAAUGUUUGGGUCUUCAAGAUCUGGAGGAGUUCGAGGCGGACAGGACCAGUUCAACUGGGAUGACGUAAAAGUCGACAAACACAGGGAGAACUAUCUGGGGAACUCUUUGAUGGCACCAGUGGGACGGUGGCAGAAAGGCAAAGACCUGACAUGGUAUGCAAAGAACAAGGGCAGAGAUGCUUUGUCCAAAGAGGAAGAACUUGCUGCCGUCAAGGCUGCAGAACAUGACGCAAUGAUGGCUGCACUAGGACACAAGAAUAUAAAGAGGCAACCGACUGGCCUGACCAAAGAGGACCUUGUAGAGGUUUGCCGAAGGGAAGAAGUGGAUGGCGAAGAAAAAAAUGUGGACCGUGUCUCGGGCUUGGGAAGCUCAAGUGUGGGGUCAAGGAAACUGGCACUGUCUCAGAAAGAAAAAGAGGCUGCUAAAAUGGGCUUGCAAGUUUUUACACACCACAAGACUGAAGGCCGUACAGAAACCUUGACUAAAACAUCUGAAAGUGCAGAAAAAAGAGAGGAGGAGCAAAGACAUGAAAGCAAAAAGAAAAAGAAAGAAAAAAAGAGUAAAAAGGACAAAAAAAAGAAGGAAAAAAAGAAGAAAAGGGAACGAAGAGACUCUUCAUCCUCUGACUCGGACGACAACAGAAAGAGGCACAAAAAGGACCACCAUCAUCAUAAUCCAUCAUACCACAGUCAGAGUGGAGCCAGGUCCCAUGACAGCCAUUCAAGGGGGGGAGCAAAGGCCGAGCACCAGCCCUCCUACCCCCAUCAUCGACACAAGCGCCAUGACACAGACUCCUCUGAUGGGGGGUCUCCUGUCCCCCGUAACCCUGCCAGCCACAAGACGGCCCCUGCUGGUGCCGCACAAAGCCACCGGCGGCGCCACGACACAGACUCGGACGACUAAUGUCCUUCCCAUCCCCCAAAAGACACGGUGAUCUCCAGGUCCUGCAGACCUCAUUUACCCUGCACAGACAAAUGAACUGAGGAUGGAGGCAAGUCUGCCCAACAUGGUCCUGUGGUUGUUGUGUUGAAUUUGACAGCAACACACGUUAUGGGAUAAUAUCACAUAAGAAGCGAUUGUCUGUACUUCAGAGGUUGUUUUGGGGGUUUGAUUUAUCAGUCCAGUCAAGAUCAGGUAUUGCAGGUAGAAUUAUUGUAUUCCUAAGUCCUGCCCUUGUGUUUUUUUUCUUCUCAGGAAAUCUUAUUACAUUUUAGGCUAAAAAACAUUGUUGCCACAAAAACAUUUGUUUUUGUACAACGUUAGUGUUAAUCACAGCUUGAAUACAGAUUUAAUUAUUAUUCUGUGUCAGUGUGAAGAAUCUCCUUUUUAAUAGCCAUAUGUUGAAAUACAUAAAUGUCAUAUUUUUUGUUUAAAUUUUCCAAAAUGAAGAAUACCUUUUAAAAAACAA